AUGAUCAACCGAAUUGUUCUUCUUUCUGCUCUUGUUGCGUCUGCUGCUGCUUUCGCCCCCGCCUCCAGACCAUUUGGCGUUUCCACAUCUUUGAGCGCAGAAUGGAAGCCUGCUGAUGGCAAGUGGGAGGAGACCGACUUCGAGUCGGAACUCAAGAAGCUCGAGAAGGAAGCCGAAGAGCGCCUCGAUUCCAAGAUCUCUGAUAUGAUGUCCAAGGUCGAGACCACUGGCUCCAACUAA